UGUAUGCAAAUAAACGAGCGGGGACACUCCCACAGGCCAGAUGCCACUCUUCGGCUGGAUGAGGUGGCCCAAGCACAACCCCUGCCAAGCGGCGCGCCGCCCGGGCUCCAAGGCCGUGGCCAGGACGCUCCUGCGGGAGCUGCAGUGGCACCUGCAGGAGCGAGAGAGGUUCAUACAAGAGGUGGGCCAUGAGCACCCCGGGGCGCGGGCGGGUGUGGAGUACACCUGGCUGAGAACCUACCAGAACCCCCACACGACCAUCCCCGCUACUGAACAGAGGCAGCUGGAAGCUCUCUGUGCGCAAGUUCAGCCCUGCCAGGCGGGAGCCAUUCUCAGCAGGUUUCGAGAAGUUCUGGCAGAAAAUGAUGUGCUGCCCUGGGAAAUUGUCCACGUCUUCAAGCGAGUUCUGGAGGACGCCCUGGGUAGCCCUGAGAAAGGCGGGCAGCCGGGCCUGGCGGGGGGGGGCCUGGGGGACCGCGCCCGGAGUCCAGACCAGGAUGAGAUUCCCACUGUUUCCAGUUACGUGGACCGACACGCGGAGAACAGGCUCCCCACAUCCUCGCGCAGGACGUGGAACCUGCCGUACGGCCCCCCGCCCAGCUAGGCUGCUGGUGGCCAGCGGCGCUGCAGGACCACGGCGCGCGGAGCCUCACAUGCGGAAUAAGGGGACGUGCCCCACGUCUCUCUGUCGCGAGGUCCGAGUUAAAAAUCGCUGUGGCGCGUCAGGUUUUAGACAGUGUUCCCUCUGAACCCCUCCACAGUGCAAUGUUUCUUAACAACUAAAAUGUUUCCUAAAUAUUUUGAAAAAAACAUUUGAAGUAUUUUCUUAUACCGCAAAACGUCUCGCAGGAACUAGGGCGUCUACCAGUGUGCAGUCGGAAAUUUGACAAA